AUGCAGUUCUCUACCGUCUCACUAGCUGUUGCCCGGCUACGGCGCGGCCACCAAUAUGGCGCCUGCGGUGUUGGUGCCUACUGCCUCGGCGGAUGUGACCCUCGCAUGUCCUUCUCGUUGGAUUCUUGCGCGCCUGCGCCCGUCUGCAAGGACAUGAACAUGAAGAUGGACAGCACAGAUAGCAUCGUCGACGUCAGCAAGUACCUUGGCGACGGCGACAAGGCCGACUGGGUGGUGCAAGGAGAGGCCGUCGAGGCCGGCGGCAAUGUGCUCCUCACGAUGCCCAAGGGCAGUGUUGGUACCGUCAUGGCCAGCUCACACUACAUGUGGUACGGCAGUGUCAAGGCCCGCAUGAAGACGUCGCGCGGUCGGGGUGUCGUGACGGCCUUCAUCCUGCUCAGCGAUGUCAAGGACGAGAUUGACUACGAAUGGGUUGGCGUCGACCUCAAGACAUCGCAAACCAACUAUUACUUCCAGGGCAUUCCUCUCUACGAUCAAUCAAAGAACAUUACUCUGUCGGAUACCUUCAACAACUGGCACGAGUACGAGAUUCAGUGGACCCCCGACAAGAUUACCUGGCUCGUCAAUGGACAGGUUGGUCGUGUCAAGGAGCGCAAGGAUACCUGGAACGAGACAACCCAAGGCUGGGACUUCCCCCAGACUCCGGCGCGUGUGCAGCUGUCCAUCUGGCCCGGCGGCCUCGAGAGCAACGCCAAGGGCACAAUCGACUGGGCUGGUGGUGUGAUUGAUUGGGAACAUGAAGACAUCAAGAAGGUCGGCUACUUCUAUGCUGCCGUCAGCGACGUCGAGAUCAAGUGCUGGGAUGCCAAGAGCGCUCCUGGAACCAACAACGGCAAGAGCUACAUUUACGACAAUUGGCUCGGUAGGAACAACACCGUCAUCGACGGCGACGCGGACACGAAGCUCAAGAGCUUCACAAGCAGUGGCCGCGAUACGGAGGAGAACGACGACGACAAGGAGACUGACUCCGCGACCAAGACCAAGUCUGCCGCAUCAGCCACCGAUACGGGCGCGAGCUCCAACCAAAUCCCCGGCGCAGGUGCUGCCAACCCUGGCGGUGGCGUCACGCAUGGCGAGGACGGCGACAGCAGCAGCGGCAGCGGCAGCGGCGAUGACAGCGGCAGCAGCGGAUCUGACAGCGGCUCUUCAGGCCCGAUCGACGACAGCAACUGCGACUCGUCCGAAUUCAACCAAGACAUGGGCAACUGCGGUGGCAAUUCCCAGGGCCAGGGCUCUAGCACUGGCUCGAAUGGCUCGAGUGACUCGCCAAGCAUGGCUUCUAGCCUGGGAUUGACCCAAAGCCUCAGCGCCUCGCGGGCCUCGCCGUGCUGGUCGGUCUGUACCGCCUUUGAGGUGCUGCUCGCCCCUGACGCUUGA